GGUCCACUCGUCUGAGGCUGGAAACCAGCUAGAGAGCAGAUAACAGCAUCCAUUGCUGUUACCCAGACUCAAUGAACUGCUCACAAACAAGUCACUGAUCGUGCCUGCUGCUUUUUUGCAGGCAUUAGAUAUAGAUCAGUGUCUAAAGUCUUUUUAUCAAUGAGAUUUUCUUAGACUUUUUUUUUAAAUUAUCUGAAGGUCUCUUGUUUCCGCCAUGGUGCUAGGAAAGGUAAAGAGCUUCACAAUAAGCUAUGACUGUCUUAAUGACAGCAACGUCCCCGUCUUCUCCAGCGGGGACUGCGUCUCAGGGAGGGUGAUCAUCGAAGUCACGGGAGAAAUCCGAGUGAAAUCUCUCAAAAUCCACGCAAAAGGAUUCGCAAAAGUUCGUUGGACGGAGUCAAGGAACGCUGGAUCCAACACUGCCUAUACGCAGAACUACACAGAAGAAUUGGAAUACCUGAAUCACAAGGAAAUUUUAAUUGGGCAUGAGAGAGACGAUGACAACUCUGAGGAAGGACUCACCACUAUUCAUUCAGGAAGACACGAGUUCGCGUUCAGCUUCGAGCUUCCACAGACACCUCUGGCUACCUCUUUUGAAGGGAAGCAUGGCAGUGUUCGAUACUGGGUAAAGGCAGAACUUCACCGGCCAUGGCUCCUGCCCAUGAAGACAAAGAAAGAAUUUACAGUCUUUGAGCACAUCGACAUCAACACUCCAAUUUUGCUGUCACCACAGGCGGGCACAAAAGACAAGACGCUUUGCUGUUGGUUCUGCACCUCAGGUCCUAUUUCCCUAAGUGCCAAAAUCGAAAGGAAGGGAUACACACCAGGAGAGUCUAUCCAGAUCUUUGCUGAGAUUGAGAACUGCUCAUCCCGCAUGGUGGUCCCAAAGGCAGCCAUCUACCAGACGCAGACCUUCUAUGCCAAAGGGAAAAUGAAGGAGGUCAAACAGCUGGUGGCCAACCUGCGAGGCGAGUCUCUGUCGUCCGGAAAAACGGAGACCUGGAGCGGAAAGAUGCUGAAGAUCCCGCCUGUCUCACCCUCCAUCUUGGACUGCAGCAUUAUUCGAGUGGAAUACUCUCUCAUGGUGUACGUGGACAUCCCCGGGGCAAUAAAUCUAUCUCUAAACCUGCCCCUCGUCAUCGGAACCAUCCCUCUCCAUCCGUUUGGCUCCCGCACCUCCAGUGUUAGCAGCCAGUGCAGCAUGAGCUGGCUGGGUUUGCCAGAGAGACCUGAAGCCCCUCCAAGCUAUUUGGAAAUUGUGACCGAAGAGCAAAGGCAGAGCUGUCUUGAUGUUCCAGCGGUUCGAGAGGAGCUUAACGGGCCUCUGUUUGCUUAUAUUCACGAGUUUCGCUUCCAGCCUCCUCCUCUGUAUUCUGAAAUUGAUCCCAACCCAGAUCACGCCAGUCGUACAGAGGAGCGCAGGCUUGACGCCUGUCCAUCCCGCUGAGGAGAAUUCCCGAAAUUCCCCUCGACUCAUGCGGGGGUGAAACCGAAACAGAACCUGCCUACUUGGCUCAAAUGUUUUUCUCAGAAAACGUUCACACAGUGCUGUCGACACCAAGAGAGAAACGUAUUACUCAACCAACAAAGACUUGCUCGCGGGUGUGUUGGAUUGAACAAAUGUGCUCCUGCUUCCCGCAAUGAGCGGAACAGGAAGUCUCCAGUUGGGGUUAUCGCCUCCUUUCUGUGUCAGUCAGCCGAGGCCCCGGGAUGCCUACAGAUCCAUACGCUCGGCCUGUAUGCUUAAAAUCCCACACUUCUCGGCGAGAGCCUGGACAUGUUCACGAAGGCGAAUGACCACGCUCUUCUGAACCUGUGGCACACAAGGACGUGGCCUCUGACACGAAGGGUAGGACUGUCCAGACUUCAGCAGAAUUACCUUUAAACCAGGAUGAAGAAAAGAGAAGAAACAAUGUUUUAACCACCAUACAGUCUGAAAUGCUGUCAGAUAAAAAAGUCACCGACAGAGCAAAAAAAAAAAACUUGUUCUGCUUUAUUUGGGAUUUUGUUUUGCACAUUAUAUUUACUUGAGUUGCGUGGCUCUGUUUGACAAGGUUUUUCUUGAAAUCACUCAUAGUUAAAGUUUGGUCUGGAUUUGUAAAGCAGCAACCUAAUACUAGACUGCAGGCUUUAACCUUUGAGACUGUCAUGGGCGGAACUUCAAGCCAUGCUGGAGAACCCAAUAUGACUCUUAAACAAAGGACUAGACAGUUCAAGAAGAAUGCACUGAGCUUUUUUGUUUUGUUUCCUCGUGUUUGUCCCUUUUCCCGUUUGCAUUAUAACGUAGAAACCGACGACUAACUUAAUUUCUAACGCAGGACACUAUUCAUAUUGAAGCUCUUUCGGUGUGUCGCCUCCUAAAGCUUGGAUCUGUGUAGCCUUCUUCCUGUUGUGUUUGAUAGCAGCUCUGUUUCUGUUUGACUCCAGUCGUAGACUAGCUUCAGCCUGUGUUCAGAUGAGAUUUGCUCUGCGUCCGGAUUGGAGAGGCUGCAGUAUCUUUUAAAACGACGCGUCACAGGAACUGUUCGGAGUGUGAGACAAAAAUCGCUGCAAUCUCUCCUCUCCUCAUCUCAGAGCAAAAGGUUUGCAUUACUGCCCGAAAUAACACUUGUCUCAGGUUGUUGUCUCACUUGCCAAGCAAUUGGAAGGAGAAAGAGUUUUUUUUUUUUUUUUUUUUCUUAAAGUUGCACUGUAAAAUAAUUUCCUCCUUUUUUUGUUCAACUACCAAAUGAAAGAACAGACCUGCAGACGAGCAAGGCAGCUUUCUGAGAUGAAUCACAUUCCCUUUUUGUCCUGCUGCUUCUGCUUACUGCAUCCAGCCAACAGACCGAUGUUACCAGACCAGUGACGCCACAAUGCUGGGUUUAAAAUAAAAAAAAGAAAAGAAAAUGAACGCGUUAUGAAGAAUAACACUGCUUUUGCAUUAAAGAAGCAAACCCAGCCUUAUAGAAAAAGCUGGGAGCAUCCCAAACCUCCGUUCAGGCUGAUCAGAAAUAAGUGUAGAAUAGGUUGAUAUGAGUAAUACAUUGGUUUUCUAACUCGCUCAACAAAUAAAAUCCACCUGAACAGAGGUUUGUCAUGUAAAGAAGCACUUUUUUGAUAAGAAAAUAAUAAUAAAAAAAAACAACCCAGCAUUUAGGUGAAGGUCUGGAGGUACAAACUAACAGGGUUUUCCCAGUAAAGCAGUCUUGUGUGGGACUUUAAUGCAUUAUUCAGUCUUUUUAAUGUUAGUAAGUCAAGUUUACAUUUAAAAUGUAGAAUAAAAAAAGAAGUUUGUGUAUGCACGCUCUUAUCAAGAUCCUGCUGGCAACGAAAUGGCAUCUGAUGGUAAUGGACAGAUUUGAUAAAGUGAUCUUAUAUUUGUGGCCUUGACGCAGAAAUGACCUGAUUAUGAAGCUUCAUUCUUCAGUGUCGAUGCUCUUUCAUGUUUUGGUUUAUGUUUGUUCUCAGCUGUACGUUUUUUGACCUUUCCAUGUGAUUUCUAAAGGACAAAAAGGGAAGAGAAAAGUCCUAAAAGCAUUUUUUUUUAACAAAAACAUCUUGGAAAGGAUUGUGUGUUCUUGAUUUAUUUGUCGGUGAGGGUCAGCUUCUAACUUGUUAUUUUUUUUCUCCAAUUUUGGGCAUUCUUACUCUUAAGUUAGUCUCCCUGACUUUCCUCACCUGCUUCAAACCCAGGCUGGCUGCUGUUGAUCGGCGCCUCCUACUUAGAAACAAUUAGGUUUGUGUGGCCUAGCAGACCAAACAAUUCCUCGCUGGUUAACUUGUGUCAAAAGGUGUUUGCAGUUUUCUAGAUUUGUUUGUUAGGGAAGUUGAAUCAAGUGGUGUGGUGAAGAAUAAGCUUUUUUUUUUUCCUGUUCAUUCAUUUCAGUAGUCUAUUUGCUCGGGUCUCAGAGUAGUCCAUUGUCAUAACUAAGCUAAAAUCCUGACCUAAUGAUAAGAAAGGCAGGAGCUAAAAUGUUCAGUUGAUGAUGGGAUCUGAAACAUUUUAGAAACAAAGUGCAAUAUUGCUCACAGAUUUUUUUCCUCAUAUUCUGCUUUGUUUUUUUCCUAAUGUAAUGUCUGUUAAUCAUACAAAUGUAUAGAUAUUCUAUGAAUAUGCUAUGUUUUGAAUGAUUUAACCCGUGUCUAGUUCUUCCUUGUUGAUUUAAAUAAACAUUUUGUUCUAAAAUAAAAAAAA